AUCUAUCUAUUUAUCUAUCUAUAAUAGUGUCACUAAGGCCAUUUGGCUUGGGGCCAGACCAAUUCACACUUCCUGUGCACAGAGUCAGGAUGAGGUCAGGCAGGAAAUCUCAGUUGGAUUUAUACCACUGUGGACGGUUUAGUAAUGGUACAUGAUGCUUCCUGCAGUCUAUUCCAUCUGACACAACCACAGCCACACAUACAACCAUGAAAACGAGACUUGGUUGCCUAUCCAACAAAUCUGACUCAUGCAGUGACUUUUCAGAAUUUUUACCACCUGGACCAGAAAGAUCCACACGAUACCUGAAGUUAUCCACAGAUGAAGUGACCAAAUGGGCAGAUUCAUUUGAUAUUCUCCUGUCAAACAAGUAUGGUUUGGCAGCAUUCAGAGCAUUCCUUAAAACAGAGUUCAGUGAUGAGAACAUCGAGUUCUGGUUAGCUUGUGAAGAUUACAAAAAGAUCAAAUCACCUGCAAAGCUGGUGUCAAAAGCCAACAAGAUCUACAAGGAAUUUAUUGAUGUUCAAGCACCGAGAGAGGUUAAUAUAGACUUCAGGACCAGGGAAGAGACCAGACAGAAACUUCUGGAACCAACAUGCUCCAGUCUCAAUGAGAUCCAAACCAAGGUCUACAGCCUCAUGGAGAAAGACUCCUACCCUAGGUUUCUUCGAUCAAAAAUCUAUCAAGAAAUCGUGAACAGGACACAGAUGCAUUUUCAGCGGAAAUCGGUUUAAAGAGGAAUAUCCAUGUUGUUUUGCUUGUGUGGUUAAAACCUGUAGAGAUGUUAGAGCAGACCUUUACUGUUAUACAUAUUGAGUUUGACUGAAUAUGCAUUGUAGAACUGUGAAGGUUGUUUGCACUUGUAUAGCGUAUAUAACCUGUUACUGUGCUACCAUGUGAAGUGACCUCCUUCCCAACAAUAACACAGAUGAAUUUAUGUUUGUAAAAGCAUGUGGAUUAAAAUUGAGUUUUGGGUGUAGCAAUUCGAAAUCAGUACAGGUUUGUGGUUUCCUAAUUUUUUUUCCAAUUUUUUUGAGUUUAUAAUCAAAAAGAGAACUGAGUUGUGUCAGAUGUCUUACAAAAAUACUAAAAAGGUGCAACAAUUUCAAGAACAAAUGUCUACGAUUCUGUAGAUUUAUCAAUUUAUAUACUUACCGAUUUAUUUUGAAUUUUGUCAUGAGGUUUGACUCAUUACCCAGCUUCUGAUUGGAGAAAACUACACAAUGUUUCCACAGUCAUUGUGAUGGUUUACCUG